AUGACGAGCAAAGCAUCCCAACGGACCGACGAGCCCAAAGGGCACCCAGAACACCUUGAAGAGGCAGACGCCAAACCUCUUACUUCAGCUCUUUCACCGGAACAUCAAGCCUUCCUUCUGGACCGCCAUGGCACUCUGGACCUCAAUCCCAUCCCUAGUAUGGACCCGGCAGACCCAUACAACUGGCCCUCAUGGAAAAAAGGGAUUAAUUUGGCUCUUGUUGCAUUCCAUGCCUUUAUGGCCGCCUUCUCUGCAGCAUCGCUCAUUACAGCUUUUGCAGAAAUUUCAGAAACAUUGGGUGUCUCUAUGCAGCAGGCAAGCUACCUUGUCUCGCUCCAGAUUGCAGUCUUGGGUGGUGCGCCUCUAUUUUGGAAGCCAUUGGCCAAUAACUAUGGACGCAGACCAAUCUUUAUGCUCUCAUUGAUAUUGACCUGUGUGUGUAAUGUGGGAUGUGCAAAAAGUCCAGAUUAUGCCUCAAUGGCAGCUUGUCGGGCUCUGGCAGCAUUCUUCAUCUCACCAGCCAAGGCCCUUGGUAGUGCAGUGGUCAUGGAAACUUACUUCCAGCAUGAAAGGGGGCGCUGCUUGGGCAUCUGGACAGUUAUGGUGACGUUAGGGAUACCUGUCGGGCCGUUUAUUUUUGGAUUUGUGACACACCAUGUUGGAUAUGUUUGGAUCUAUUGGAUAUUGGCUAUUGCAAAUGGGUGUCAGCUUAUUUUAUACAUCUUCUUCGGACCAGAGACCCGGUACCUUGAAACAAACAGCAAAGGAUCAGCCUUCCAACGACAAUAUCUGCACAUUCGCAGUAUUGAUCCUCGUCCCUUGACAUUUUAUGAUUUCGUCCGUCCUCUUUUCCUUUUCUGCAAACUCCCUGUCCUCCUAGCUGCAGCUGCAUAUGCAAUGGUGUUCCUCUUUGCCAGUGUGAUGAACCCAGUUGAAAUCCCCCAUUUACUGCAGCACAGAUUUGGACUCAAUGCAGAGCAACUGGGCCUACAGUUCCUUGGAGUUAUUAUUGGAACACUGCUAGGUGAGCUGAUGGGUGGUACCAUGUCUGAUCUCUGGAUGAUAUGGCGUGCCCAUCGUAUUGGCCACCGCCCAGCACCUGAAUUUCGUCUUUGGCUAAGCUAUAUUGGCUUUGUACUGGCUAUGGUUGGAACAAUUGUCUACCUAGUUUGUACAGAACAAUCCCAACCUGGGAAAUGGACUGUGGUGCCACUGAUUGGCACGGGCAUUGCAUCCUUUGGGAACCAGGUAGUGACCACUGUUCUCACCACGUAUGCUGUGGAGAAUCAUCCCGAAGACGCUGGGAGUGUGGGUGUAUUCAUCAACUUCAUCCGGUUGACCUGGGGCUUCAUCGGACCGUUCUGGUUCCCGGCCAUGUUUGAGAGCGUUGGAGUUGCAGGAAGCGCCGGAGUUGUUGUCGCCUUGAUUUGCGGCGUCAGUUUCAUCCCGAUUACUCUUCUGCAUUGGCAAAUGGGGCGCUUGCGGUAA